AUGAAUCGCUUGGUGCAAUCUACAGAUGUGCUACGAGCCCUGCUGCCUAGUAUUAUACCGCCAUCUUACAGGGGUGCUACCAUUCGAUAUAUAUACUAUGUUAAGAGUACAUUAUCUGGACAACGGCUGAUGCUGGAAAAUACUAACUCUCAUAGAGAGUCAUCAAAAGAUCUUAUUCAACUGGUUGAAGCAUACAUUACUCUUUAUACUCUUGCCAUUGCUAGUCUGUUGCAGUUUUGUGUUGCACCAAAGAAAAACAUUAUCAAUCGCGAAGAUCGUAUUCCUCUACAAAUAUGGGUGACUCAAAAAAGCAAUGGCCUAUUAAUGGAAGAAGGUCUACGUGAUGGGAUUGUUCCUGCUACGACCAUUCAAUUGGAUAUACACUGGAAAGAGAUGGAUGGAGACAAUGAAUGGGCUAGAGCAAAUGAUAUAGAUGAUGGAGUUGAUGAAGGGUAUGAAAGCUCAAGAGAUGAAGUUUCAUCUGUUUCUUCCUACAAUCCCAAUAGAGAAAGUAUACACAAGACGUUUGGAAGUUCUCUGUCCCUGCAAUCUGUGGCAAGGUCUUCCAAUAAGGAUGCUUCAUUUACUGAAGGAGGACGCAGAAGUUUAUCAACUCUAGCACUUCCUCGUCUGUCCGUGGCUGAGGUUUUGUAUGAUUCUGGUGCUGAUAUGUCAGCACCUGAUAAGUCGUCAGCUAUUGUUUCUCCAAUCCAGCAACUUGAAGAUGAGUUGGCCGGAGCAUCCUCUGCACCUCUAACUGUAAACAAUGAACCUGCAGCAUCAGAAGGCUUUAUUCGCGGAAGGUCUUACAAUAUCAGGAUGGAUAACAAUGUUCUAUUGAGAUUUUCCCCUAGGAACUCAGACUCUACUUUUUACUUCAGUGAUAUGAUAGGUGGAACUCUUAUGUUUUUCCAUGAAGAAGGAGCCAAGAAAUGUCUCGAGGUUUCAAUAACAUUGGAAACUUCAGAGACUGUAAGUCGACGUUAUAUUCAUCCUUCUCGCAAGAAUUCCCCGACGAUUACUAAGAGGAAUCGGGCUGUUUCAGUUGCAACUUAUGGCAAGUUCCGUGAGGAACUAAGAGGAGCUGGGCAAAGCUUUGUUGUCAGCAUGCAGACAGUAUCUGGCAAACUCAAUGCUAAGAAGAUGUGCACACACACUUGA